UGCUUUACUACGCUACCUGUCCGACCUUGAAGCACAUCAUUUCUUUACGCGUUCAUUCUGUCCAGUGCGUUUAUAAGCUGCGUCCUGCGCGUUUAGCUCUCCAGUGCGCGCUGCGCCUGAUUGAGGAGAUAUACACGGCACGAACACAUUUUCACAAGGCUUUUUAUUCAUAUUUAUCUACGGGAUAGAGUCGCGUUUGCGUGCAUCUGUCACUGUGUGAGUCGCAGCACGUGGGAAAUCCUUUUGCACAAACCCGAGAGUGAGUAAAAUCAAAGUGCGGUUUGCUGAAAUGCGUUUGGAGGAUCUGAUGAACGCGAGAACAUGACUUUUGAGUUGUGCGGUUGCUCCGUGAGUUUCUUGGAGAUUGUCUUGACUUUUGGACUCUAUGGAUUUGUUUUUUAUAAGGGACCGUAUUGACCAGCGGACCGCGGAGGUGAAGACGCUUCAGCGCACUUUUUAGAAACUGGUCAAAAAGAUUUUUAUCAUAAUCAGUAAAAGCAGUCUUUAUUGCCAAGUUUACGAAGUCAUGCUGAUUCGAAGCCAAGUUGUACGGUGUGUCGUUUUCUUGACACUUCUUGACCUGAUGUUGGUCAAGGGUUUCCCCACAAAAAAGCGCCGAGCAAAUCACAUCAAAAGCAAGAGCAGCACUUCCCCAGAGGUCAGAGGUCAUGGUGGUUCCAAAGAUGCAAGACAGACUCUGCUGGACAUUGAGCAGCAGAACCAGCUGAGGAGUGAUGAAGAUUCGCCGCGGCGUCAGAGGAGAAGAUGGUCGCAGAUUCGCUCGGAAGGCGUUCUUCCCAAACCCGCUCCACAGGAAGAAGAGGAACCGUUCGUUUUAGACUUGAAAAACUUCCCUGAACUUGCCAAUGCAGACAUGGGCUCCCAGAACCCAAAUAUUCAAGUCACCAUUGAGGUUGUGGACAGCCCUCAGAUGGAGAUUGAGAUGGAUCUGGUCAAGGAGGGCAGAAAUGACUGGUCUUUGAGCUCUGAAGAAUGGCUGGGCCAUAAAAAACUUUUCUGGCCUCUGUUUUGGGAAUACCAUGACUCCAGUGAGGAAAGUCCGGGACAAGGAAGUUUGGAGGAAAACGGAGAGGAUCCCGGUUACGAGGGAGAGGAUUCGUUUUUGAGUGGGGUGGGUGCGGAUUGGAACAGGAGAUGGAAGGGCUGGGACUCCAUGGACAAUUACGAAUACGAGGAAGAGGAGUGGAGCGACUGGUCUCCAUGCAGUGUCACCUGUGGCCAUGGCAACCAGAAGAGGAUUCGUUCAUGCGGCUACGCCUGUACUGCAACAGAGUCACGGACAUGUGACCUAGAGAGUUGCUCCGAUGACAUUUAUGCUGUGACCGAACCGACUCUUGAAACGGCAAACAGCACUGAGCUUUUCGGCACAGAUGUCGACAGCUGUGAGAAGUGGCUGAACUGUAAGAACGACUUCCUCCAGAAGUACCUGCACCAGGUCCUUACCGAAUUACCCAACUGCCCCUGCGUCUACCCGUCUGAGGUCGUCUACAACGCCAUUAACAUUUUUGACAGGAAGCUGCAAAAGACCUAUCGAUGGCGAGAUGCCAGCGGCCCCAAAGAGAGGCUGGACAUCUACAAGCCGUCGGCGAAGUUCUGCGUCCGUUCGAUGCUCUCAUUCGACAGCACCACGUUGGCGGCUCAGCACUGUUGCUAUGACGACCAUACGAAGCUCAUCACACGGGGCAAAGGGGCCGGGGCUCCCAACCUCAUCAGUACGGAGUUCUCCCCAGAGCUUCACUACAAAGUGGACGUGCUUCCAUGGAUCCUGUGUAAAGGAGAUUGGAGUCGGUUUCAUUCGGUGCGACCGCCCAAUAAUGGUUUUCAGUGUGUUGAGAAUCCACAGGAAGACGUCUAUAUGAAUGAACUGGAAGAGGCCAGAGAGUACUGAUCUAAUUCUAGGAUUGUUUCAAAUGGAAUCAAGCGAUGUUUGAUAUGGUAUAUUGCUGAACAUUAUUCUUCAGUAUGUUGAUACCAAUAUUGUAGGUUGUUCUACAGUAUGUGAAAUAAUGCAUAUUCAUCAAUUAUAAAAGCAACAAAAGCCUUCUGCUCCAACCGGUCCGCUCUUUAACAGAUCUGAGUUAUCAUUGGUCGAGAAACUAUUUAGCCGAGACUCGAUAUGGAGUUGGAGAGAAGUUCAUCUGGAGAUUUACUUAAAGUAACAUCUGGAUUGGGACUAAGCCUAAAAUACUGUCACAAGCUGUUACGUACAGCUGAACUGCAAUAACACUGGUUAAACACGUUGGUCCAGAGCCCGGAUCGGAAGACCGUGAUGCAAUCUUCUGCGUUUUUUCUUCUCUGUGACGAUACGCGCUGCACAGCCUGACAAGGUUCAGCGAAGGUUCCACAAUGGCACGUUGGCUGUAUUUUCAUUGGAUUUCCAUGUGUUUGUCUUCAGUUUCCUCAAAGACUCAGAUGUGCCAUUAAAGGAAUUCCAGUAAAGCUGCUAAAAUUGAGACAUAUUCUAAAACGCAACAGAACGCCGAUUUUGUUGACUUAAGACCCGAAGCUCGAUCUUGGACCCGCUCCAGUCCUGGCGAGAUCAGUCCAAACAAAUCAAACACAAUCCUCGCACGCGGAUUCAAAAUAUUUCUGAGAAUAGUUCAUCUUGUGUAUUGUUGUUUCUAAUAUACACAGACUUUGUGUCAUAAGACGGUAUAUUUAUGCGGAGCGAUGUGACCUUUUGGCGAAGAACCGUACUAGACUGCAAUUAGGGAACAUGAGAAGCAAUAGGGAACCUUUUCUUGAACUUAGUAACGGGGGGCAUGUUUUCUAAAAUCAUAGGUAUAAUUGGGUCCCAUUUUCUUUUCUUUUUUACCUUUCAACACAAGUCGGCUUUGUACCGAAUGCAAUACGAGAUACUCACUUGACACCGACACAGGGGUUAGUCCAAGCUUGGUUGACGGAUUGAAGGUUUCCUCUGGAGGUGAAGGUAAACGUACAUCACGCUAAAUACAAAAACUCUUUCAACAUCUGAGAUCAUCAUUGAGCCUCAGUCAGAGCUCGGAGGCAUACAUGAGAUGGCAUACAUGAGCUGCCCUUUUCAGCACGCCUGCUUGUCAUGAUGUGCCUUGGUGAAAUGUUAAAACAUCUUGCAGGUGAUUUGAUUCUUAAGUACCCGCUGAGAGACACCUGUUCUAACACACACUACCUAUGAUGUCUUACUGUGUACGUUUAAGCAGUGUACUUUUAGCAUGAUGUAGUACAGAGAUACCGAAAGGACCCAUUUUCUUAAAGGGACAGUUGACACAGAAAUGAAAAUGUUGUCAUCAUUUACUCACCAUCUUGUCAUUUCAAACCUGAAUGACUUUCUUCUGCAAAAUGCAAAAGAAGAUGUUUUGAAGAAAUGUUGUUAACUGGCACCCAUUUACAUGCAUUAGAUAUGUGUCCAUACAAUAGAAGUAAAUGGGUGCCGACUUUCUUCAGAAUAUCUUUAUUUUGUGUUCUGCGGAAGGAAGAAAGUCAUACAGGUUUCAUUUUUGGGUGAACUCUUUAAGUUUUAAUGCUGUUACGAUCCUGAAUGCUUCAAAGUUCAAGUGGUUUUAGUUCUGGCUUGCACUUCCUCUCGUCCUCUUUUGUAGCUCUAGACAUAUUUAUUUGAUGUCAAACUCCAAUUAUCAACGCAUUUGCCCAAAAGCUUGGAAAAUUGCCUUUCCCUUGGAACCUUUUGCCUUUCAUGCUUUUAGAUCAUUAUUUUAUAAGCUUAAACCGUGUUUAGUCCUACUACUUGAGCUCAAGAAGUCAUUUCAAAAUCUCGAAAUAAACAGUAAAAACCGAAGCCGUAGGGUCCUUGGGUUCACUAAAGAAGGUCUUUGGGAGGACUGAGCACCCCUGCCUUGCACACAUUAGUAUCGCUUAUGGUCACUGUCAGACCUGAGCAAAAAGAUGUUUUCAUUGAGGUAACAACAUGUGCCAGCCAUGAAAACAUCACGCUUUCCGUGCUAUAGGCAAAUACACCAUAACUCUUGGUUAUGUUAAAUUCUCCAGCAGGUCAGUAAAUCUUAAUGUUUGCUUGCCUGGAUGUUAAAUUGGGUUUGUGAUCGUAAUAUCUUUUGAGGUAACAUCGGUAUUGGCCAUUCUUUAGGGAAAGAUCAGGAAGGUUAGGCCUUUUUGGCAAUUUUAGUUUUUUUGGUGAAUUGAGUAAUCUAAUAUACGGUAUAGGGAUCAGUUAACGACUAAAUUGGGAAAUUGUAUCGUUUUCUGAUUUACAGAAGUUUACAUGUAAUACGCAUUGUACAUUUGAUUAUAUGACACUUCACCUUUCAGAACUUUAAAAAGAAAGGCACUUUAUUUAAUACAGAUAACAGAAUAUAUAUACCGUAUUUGUGUACAUAUAAUCGUAUAUUUAAUUACACAUGUAAUAUACAAUACCUUACGGUUUAAAAUGUUUGUGUAAAGUGAUCAAAGAAAUGCUGCAUUCUUUAAGGAUAUUAUAUGUAAUGUCAAAAGUUUGGCAUGUCAUUUUUAACGUCAGAUAUAUCGUUGUACAGUAUUUAUUGCUUUUGAUUUUGUAACCAUUGCUAUGAAGUGGAUAUUCGAAUAAGACUAUGCACUAUGUGAAUCUGAGUGUCCUAUCGGAGAUCUCUGGUCCUUGCCACACCACACACCGUUCUACUUCAAUAAGGUUUCUCCCAUCCAUCAUCAACUGUCUUUAUGUUAAACACUCUG